AUGGAACUGAGGUCUGAGUUGUCUAAUGUGCCCUCGGCACCUCCUUCGGUGCCCCCCAGUUCCGUGGCUGCAGCCGCGGCAGCUGCUGCGGCCAGCCUGCCAGUGAGCGUAGCCGGGAGUCUCCUGCGAGCGCCGCCGUUGCUCCUGCGGGCGGCCGAGAAGUACCCCCGGACGCCCAAGUGCGCUCGCUGCCGCAACCACGGCGUGGUGUCGGCGCUCAAGGGCCACAAGCGCUACUGCCGCUGGAAGGACUGCCUGUGCGCCAAGUGCACGCUCAUCGCCGAGCGCCAGCGCGUCAUGGCCGCCCAGGUGGCGCUGCGCCGGCAGCAGGCGCAAGAGGAGAACGAGGCCCGCGAGCUGCAGCUGCUCUAUGGCACUGCGGAGGGGCUGGCUCUGGCCGCGGCCAACGGCAUCAUCCCGCCCCGGCCUGCCUAUGAGGUCUUCGGCUCGGUGUGCACCACAGACGGAGGCGCGGGGGGCUCAGAGGCCAAGCUGCAGAAAUUCGAUUUGUUCCCCAAGACGCUGCUCCCCAGUCGGGCCGUGACCCCGCAGCAGGCCAAGCCCUUGUCGCCCGACGGGGCGGACGGCGGGCCAGGCACCUCAUCCCCGGAGGCUCCGCGCCACGGCUGCGCCUCGGGCUCAGAGAACGGCGACGGCGAGUCUUCCCUCAGCUCGCCCGUUUCGAAAGGCGCCAAGGAUGGCGGGGGCGGGGUGGAGGAGGAGAGCCCGGGCUCCAUCAGCCCCCUGGGCUCGGAUUCCGGCUGCUCCGAGGCGGCGGAGCGGGAAGACACCGGCGCCGCUUCUUCGCCCGGUCUGGUCGCCGCCGCCGCCGCCGUGGUGGCGGCAGGGGGGAGCCGGCAGCAGCGGACGCCGCUGGACAUUCUGACGCGCGUCUUCCCGGCGCACAAGCGCAGCGUGCUGGAGCUGGUGCUGGCCGGCUGCGGCGGGGACGUGGUGCAGGCUAUCGAGCAGAUCCUCAACAACCACCACCCCCGAGGAGGCGGAGGAGGCAGCCCGGGCCACGCUCUGGCCUCCGUCUCGGGACUGGCCUCGGCCGGGGCGGACAAGGCGAGCGACGAGAGCUGGCCGCGGCCGGCCGGAGACGCGCCGGGGACCCUAGGCGGCCUGCAGUCCUCGCCCGCCGCCGCCGCCGCGCACCACCGCCCCCUGCUGGCUGGCGCCAUGACGCCCGCAAUCGGCGCGCUCGGCAGCCGCUCUGCCUUCUCGCCGCUGCAGCCCAACGCCAGCCACUUCGGGGCGGCAGCGGCAGCCGAGGCCAGCGCUUACCCUCUGGGCACGCACCUGGGCCUGAGCCCGCUGCGCCUGGCCUACUCGGCAGCGGCGGCGCACAGCCGGGGCCUGGCCUUCAUGACGCCCUACUCCACUGCCGGCCUCAUGCCCACGCUGGGCUUCCGCCCGCCCAUGGAGUACGCCUUCAGCGACCUCAUGCGGGAUAGAUCCGCCGCCGCCGCCGCCGCGGCCGCAGCCGCUGCCGCCGCCAGCGCGCACAAGGAGCAGGCCUACCCCAACGGGAUCUACGGGCCUCUGGUCAACAGCGCCCCAGAGAAGCAGUAG